UUUAAUUGUACUUUUUGUUUCCUCCAGAUCGGACCUCGGGAAGUGCUUCAUUUAUCAGAAGCAGAAUACAAUGUUGUAGGCGUAAGCAAUAUUGGAGAUAGGGUUCGACUCACCAGUUUAUAAGUGGAGAAGCUGAGUCGCCAGUACUGACAAAAGUGAAAGAAUUCCAACAGAAGCGAAAAAGAAAGAAACUCAGCUUUAGUCUAACAACACUAAAUAUCCGUAAACCCAGCAAAACAAGACCUGUGGCUGUUGGCUGUAAACACAAGACAAGUUACACGUAUCAUUUGGUUGAUCCAAAAAAGGGUGGUGGCAAGCAAGUUAUCGAUAUGGACAAAUGUCUAUCAAUAGAUGAAGCAACAUCACUAGUGGCAGCAAAGUACUUUCCAAGAGAAAGAAAUUUGACAGCAAAGAUGAAUCUGUCCGGUCUAACAUAUUUUCUUGCUUCAUUUAUUGGUGAAACCAUUAACUCUGAUACCUAUUCAACAAUAGGAGAUUUCUUCAACAGCCUCAAGACAUCACCCAUACGGAUUUAUCUUCACACAGAGUUGAAGACUUCAUUGCCAGUUGAUUCUUCAGAUGAUGAUUUACCUUCUAUCAACAGACAGCCCAGCAUCAAUCACAGGACUACUGCUCCUAAUCGAGAUGAAAAAGACAGACUGUACAGAGCAGACUUUGGAGAAAAAAGAUAUCUUUUGAGAAAAAUAGUAGCUCGGAAUAUUUUAAAAAUCGAGGAACCUACUGGCAGCACCAGCAAUACAGAGGAGAGCUUUGAAGAAGCAGGCACACCAGCAAUGCAGAGGAGAGCUUUGAAGAAGCAGAACAGGAGAAUCCAGACAGACGAUGGUGAAUCUCGUUGCGAAACAGCAACAGUAAGAAAUACAUCUGUAUGCAGUAAAAGUGUUAUUGAAAUUUGUGACAGUGAGGACGAGGAAAUAUCCAGAGCAAUAGAAGCCAGUCUGAAUGACAGUCAGUCUCUUCAGAUUAUUGUUCUCUGUUUAGUUCACCUGAAGAAUGAAGAAAGCUCCAUAGAGCAGGUUAUUAAAGAUUUCCAUGUUGCAGCUGUAAAUAAGGAUGUAAGGAUUAAUGUAAUAGUUUCUCAGAGCAGAGUCUUGGAUAGUGCUUUUCUGGGAAUAUGCAGAAAGUCAUUUAAUCUCAAAGGACAGUUGUAUGUAAAAUUCAGUGGUGAGGAUGGGCAAGACCAUGGAGGACAAAGAAGAGAAUUUUUAUGCCCCCGAAGGGAGGCAUAUAGUUUUUGAACCGUCUGUCUGUCUGUCGGUCUGUCAGUCUGUCGGUCUGUCCGCAAUUUUCGUGUCCGGUCCAUAUCUUUGUCAUCAAUGGAUGGAUUUUCAAAUAACUUGGCAUGAAUGUGUAGCACAGUAAGACGACGUGCAGUGCGCAAGACCCAGGUCCGUAGCUCAAAGGUCAAGGUCACACUUAGACGUUAAAGGAUAGUGCAUUGAUGGGCGUGUCCGGUCCAUAUCUUUGUCAUCGAUGGAUGGAUUUUCAAAUAACUUGGCAUGAAUGUGUACCACAGUAAGAUGACGUGCAGUGCAGAAGACCCAGGUCCGUAGCUCAAAGGUCAAGGUCACACUUAGACGUUAAAGGAUAGUGCAUUGAUGGGCGUGUCCAGUCCAUAUCUUUGUCAUCGAUGGAUGGAUUUUCAAAUAACUUGGCAUGAAUGUGUACCACAAUAAGACGACGUGUCACACGCAAGACCCAGGUCCGUAGCUCAAAGGUCAAGGUCACACUUAGACGUUAAAGAUCAUUUUUCAUGAUAGUGCAUUGAUGGGCAUGUCCGGUCCAUAUCUUUGUCAUUCAUGCAUGGAUUUUAAAAUAACUAUGCAUGAAUGUGUGACACAGUAAGACGAUGUGUCGCGCGCAAGACCCAGGUCCGUAGGUCAAAGGUCCUAAACUCUAACAUCGGCCAUAACUAUUCAUUCAAAGUGCCAUCGGGGGCAUGUGUCAUCCUACGGAGACAGCUCUUGUUCAGGUAAAAAAUAAACCUAUAAUGUUUUUAUGUCGCCCACAAAGUGGUAGGCAUAUACCAUUGCACUUUUCCAUACGUCCGGUCAUAUGUAGAUGAGUACCUCCAAUAAAUUUUGUGAGUCCAACUCCUCCACUUGAAAGAUUUUCUUUAGACUUUCACAGAUGAUCAAAGAAAGAAAUUUUUGCUGCGGCUAUUUGUACUAGAUUUAUGUUACUUUAUUAUUUCACUAUUUACUGUAUUGGGAUAAAAAAAUAUUGGAGUAUCUACUGUUGUAGAACCCACUAUGGGAGCAUACAAAUGGUUCCACAGAUAUUCUUGUUUUUGAAGUAUCUUUUCAGAGACAGUAUGUAUUUGACUUUGUCUGGAGAGUUACUAUACUAUUAAAGUUCAAAAUGAUGAUGCCUCGAUUUUUGUACCCUACGCACAAUCAAGUUGUAAGUGAUCAGUAGUAACCCUAGUUGUGCAUGGUGCAUGUUAGGUUCUUUCAAAAGAAAAUUCUGCACAGUUAUGGGACUUCAUUUUUUGUUCAUGUACUAUAUACAUACAGUCUGCAUAUACAGUCUUGUGCGCACCAACUCUCCUCUUCCCCUUGACACAGUUUAAUGAAACUUCAUACAAGUGAUCAGUACCAACCCCAUUUGUGCAUUGUGCAUGUAAGGUUCUUUCAGAAAAGAAUUGCAGAGUUAUGGGAGUUUUUUUUUUUUACUAUACUAUACACACAGAGCCUGCAUAUGUAAUAUUUUUCGCACCUAAUCUCCCGAACCCUUGCACACAAUUUAAUGAAAAUUCACACAAAUGAUUAGUACCAACUCUAGUUGUGCAUGAUGCAUGUUACGUUGUUUUAGAUAAAUAUGCUGCAAAGUUAUGGGACUUUGUGUUUUGUUACUAUACUAUAUACAUAAAGUCUGUAUGUCUAUAUAAUUAUAUAAAGUCUAUAUACUUACAGUCCACAUAAUUAGGCAAUCUUGUGUGUGUCAAAUUGCAGUGUACUGUGUCAGUGCAUGUGGGGGAUGGGGGUACAUUCAUCACCUUCAGUAAUGGCUGUAGUUUAGGACAAUUUUUAGUCAUUUCAGGCUUGCUUUGAAGGAAUUAAUUAACUCCUCAUUAUUCGAGGGUCAAGAAAGUCAGAAGUACUUCUCACAUGAUGUAACAAGUUUGGAUGCUAGAAAGUAUAGGCUGGCUGGGAAGUUGGUAGCACUGUCGCUAGCUUAAGAUGGCCCAGGGUUACAUAGCCUGAAUACAGAUUUGUAUGUCUCAUGACAGGCUUGGAGCCAGAAAUCUCAAUAGCCAACUUUCCAGUACAUGUACAACAUAUUAUUGCAAAGGUUAAAGAAAUAGAUGAUGAUACAAAAAGGGACGUGUUUCUGAGGGAUCACAUGGAUUGGUUCCUUGAGAGGGGAUUUAGCGAUAUAUAUAGAAUGACUUUAAACGAGAAAGAA